AUGAUGCGUCAUCUAUUGAGCAUCUCAUUUUCAAUCCUCCUUGUUUCAGCUCUGUUCUUCGAAAGCACGUAUCUAGUGCAAGCGAUCCCAACCACUGUCACCGCUGGUGCCGGGGUUGGCACUGGUGCUACAAUUGAUGCUGAACCCGAUCUACAGCUUUUAACCGGAAGGAGUGCAUCCUUACCGACAGUCGGAGCCUUCGAUAUCCCAUAUCCUUUUGCGUCAGGGCCCACUGAUUUCUGCGACGGUACAGCUACUGCUGCUUCUGCUGAGGUUGGCGUAUCCUCGCCCUUUCAGAUGGUUGAUAUUGAAGCCCGACAUCCGAAUCUAGGCCAUCCAUCUACUCACUUAACUGAGCUUCUAGAAAAUGAAGAGUCUGGAGCCGGAACUAUCUCACCUAUCUUAACCACAAUCCAUUCAAGGUCUACCGUUGGCCCUUUGACUCAGCCCAGGCAGCAACAGCAGCCGCAGCAAGAACCCCAGCUAUUUCGGCCGCUUCAGCAGCAUACUGGUGGCGUUCAAUUAGACCAAGACCUAUCCACUGGCGAGGACCAGCAGCAGCGACAACACUCGGUUCCAAACGAGCGCGUCACAGCCGCAGUUACAAAGGAUGAUGGCGAUAACGAAGGUACCACUGGCACCAGUACCAAAGGAGGCCGUUUCCGUGUCACUUGUUCCGAAGAUGGUGCUACCAAAGGGCUUCUGCGAUGUAGCGAUGGUAAAACCUACUAUCCUCUUUUCCCUGUAUCUGAUCGACAGAUGGAUUCUAAGCAAGACUUUGUUUCGCAAUCUGGAAUGUAUCUUCCCUCCCUUGGGACUCCUUAUCGACCCCAUUCUGGUCCUAUCGCAGGUUCGCCUUCUAGCUCCAGCAUUGGCACCAGCCCCAAUACAGAAGGGGGAAUUGGAAGGGCGUCUCCCAGGCAUAAGAAGCGCGCUGCCACUGGGUUCUCUGGAUCAGGCUCUGGAGCCUUUGGCCCGAAUUUCAAUUUCGCUUCUGCGUUUGGUACGGGCGCUGGAGAAAUGCCCUCAUCGUCUCCCUGGCUGCCACCUUGGCCACAGCCACAGCCACAGCCACAGCCACAGCCACAGUCAUCAUCCUUAGCUUCCGGACUAUCUUGGCCACUAUCCACUGCUACAUUUUUGAGUGGGUUAGGUAGUGUUGGAGCCGCUAAUGGUGCUACAAAUACUGGGAUUGGUUUUGAUUUCGGCUCGCCUUGGCCUUCCGGCUCCUAUCAUUUGCUAUCAUCGUCCCCCAGUAGUUCCAAAUUUGAGUUUAAUAGUGUAUUUGGCCAGGAUUUUGAUGGUGACUGGAGCAAGUACGGUAUUCCAAACCAAGCAUCUGAGACUGAUUGGCCAAAAGACUAUAAUGGCCAUGGGCAUGGUGAAGAUUCGGAGAGCAGACGAAGCAAGUACUUCAUCCAACCAGAAUGGAAGGCUGAUGCGAAUGUUGCUGCAGCCAGCCAAGGCGGUGAUUAUUCACAGGCUUGUUACCAUGAUACCAUUAAGACAAAGUCUAAGCGUUCAUAUAACAGUCUUGCUACCUGCAGCUGCGAGAAAUUAGCCAAACGUGAUAUUCCAAUAGGUGAACUAAAGGCAGCAUGGAGACCAGGAGGAAUGGAUGGUAGCAAUAACCCAACACCAGCAACGUUCACUAGACCUAGUGGACUUUUCCCCCCAGCCUCAAGCAGGAACCCCACUGUGAUCCCAAUCCCGGUCGACAUUCACGCCAUUGUCUAUCCUGAUGGUAGGAUGUCCCUGUUGCCGCCUGGGCGAGGCAACAACGAUGCUCCUAAUCCGGUAGGCCCCUAG